GGCGAGGAAUGAUGUUUGGACAUGAUAGUAAUUCCGGUUGCUUAUUUACCAGCACAGACCGGGCUCGGCAUUAAGUAGCGGUAGGUACUAAGUACGUCAGUAGGACCGACCGAUCAUCUUUAUUACCGUAUCCACUCAUUGAUCCUUCCUUUGCACCUGAAAUCUCCUUCCCAUCAAAACAAUCAACUUCACAAUGGAAAAACAAAAAGAACUCACUCUUUUCGGUGGAUGCGAAGGUUGGAACGCAUCAGACUGGACAGCAAGCGACGACCGCGUUCGCGGCGGGGCUUCGCAAUCCCAUCUCAGCAUCAGCGGCUCUACUGCACGUUUCCACGGCACCCUUGACACAAAAGCGCUCGGCGGUGCGGGAUUCGCCAGCCAGCGCACCACGGGCGAGACCCGAGCCUGGGAUUUGUCGGCCUAUGAUGGCAUUUUCCUGGAUAUCGGCGAGCUCGAUGGCAAAAAGUAUACGCUGACGCUCAAGGAUAAGCUUUUGCCGCCUAUGGCGGAUGGGCGCGAGCAGUCGUCGAUUAACUUUGAGUAUGAUUUUGAUUCAAAGAGUGGGAUGGGGAUUUUUGUGCCAUGGCAUGCGAUGAAGGCGACGUAUCGGGGAAGAGAGCAGAAUGAUACUAAGCCUUUGGAUACGGAGAGUGUGAAACGGUUUAGUAUUAUGAUUAGGAGUUUCUUCGGCUCCCAAGAGGGCGAUUUUAAUCUUGUCAUCAACUCUAUCAAGGCUGUCACGCAGUCUAGCGAUGUUGAAAAGCACCUUGUUGGUAGAGGCAUUCAGGAGCAAGAGCCAUGGUCCUGGAAGAACUCGAAUCUUGUUGGUCUCGCGGUCAUCUUGGGAUCCACCUGGGCUGUCUCUUGGGCCUAUUGCUGGUGGAAGGGCUAUGAUAUGAGUAUCAUGCGCUUUUCCAAAUGGUGGUCCGUUGUAAGAAAAUAGUAGGGCAUUCCAACGGCCUGGUACGCACUGCAUAGCACGUGGAUUAAGUGUACGGCCUACCUUUAUAUGCUAUGAAAAAAUAAUAAUCUAAACUGGGUUAUGUCUUUUUAAUCCGGGUUUGCCAAAGGUCCAACACUGUGGCACAACUCUUGCGACCUGAAC